UAAUAUUACUUGAACCGAAACGCCUCCCCCAGCACUCCAGCCUUCUCGGACACGGAUAGUAUUCGGAGAAUAAAAUAUACACCACAUCAACUGAUCCUGGACUCACAGACUGUAUUUGUCUUCCGAAGGAGGAAGGUCCGUCCAUCCAUCCAUCGGAAAGUUAAUUUUUUUUGUGCGUUGACGACAAAGCUUUGAGCAACUUGACAGAGAGGUAGGUCUGUCGACUUUCAGAAGUUACUAGCUAACUAUAACGACAACUGCUAGAUUCUAGCCCGUUUCCUUUCUUCACCCUUCGCGAUUUCAGCGAAGGCUCCGCGGUAAAUGGAUGGAUCUACGAUGCACUAACAAGCUCCCUGUACCCACGGGUCUAUCGCCGCCUCACUCGGCCAAAGCUCUCUCAAUGUCUGCAGCUGCAGCAGCAGCAACAGCAGCAGCAGCAGCUGCCGCGGCUGCAACCUUCAACUUCCCCAAUGGAUUUCCCGCAGCAGCGUUUCCAGCGGCCAAUGCGGCCAUGUUCGGCCUGUACGGGCUGGACGCACCCAUGCCAGCACCCUUACCCUUACCCAUCCUACACUUCACUCCGCACCAAGUCGCCAAAGUCUGCGAGACCCUGGAGGAGUCCGGAGACAUAGAGCGUCUUGGCCGCUUCCUGUGGUCACUUCCGGUCAACCCGAGCGCCUGUGAGGCCCUCAAUAAGCAUGAGUCGGUCAUCAGAGCACGCGCGCUUGUGGCCUUCCACACGGGCAACUUCCGGGACCUGUACCACAUUCUGGAGCACCACAAGUUCACCAAGGAGUCCCACGGAAAGUUGCAGGCCAUGUGGCUAGAAGCCCACUACCAAGAAGCGGAAAAACUCCGCGGCAGGCCCCUGGGACCCGUGGACAAGUACCGAGUCCGCAAAAAGUACCCGCUGCCUCGCACGAUCUGGGACGGCGAGCAGAAGACGCACUGCUUCAAGGAGCGAACCCGCAACCUUCUGCGCGAGUGGUACCUGCAGGACCCCUACCCCAACCCGACCAAGAAGCGGGAGCUGGCCCAGGCGACUGGACUCACGCCCACACAGGUGGGCAACUGGUUUAAGAACCGGCGACAGAGGGACAGGGCGGCGGCCACCAAAAACAGACUGCAGCAGCAGCAGCACCAGUCGCACAAGCUCAACUCGUCGUCCAGAGAAGACACCGUGUCCCCAUCCAGCAGCAACACCGACCGACGUGACCACGACAAUGACCUUGAGGACGACGACUGCCUCAGCGACCUUGACAGCGAGGUCAGUGACCCGUCUCACGUGGACGAGAUCGACCCGGUGUCCGACGGCCCCCGGACCUCACCCCCGCCCAACCCGCUCAUCACCAACAACCCGUUCCUGCCCCCUCACCUUCAACACCCGGUCAAGGUCGAUCGAUCCGCGGCAUUUGACCUCGUGAGGCCGCCCCUGCCACCACCCCCUCCCCCU